CUGAGCUUGAGCAGCAGGAGGAGCCGAGCAAUAAGCGGGUUCGGCCCCUGUCCCGGGUCACCUCUCUGGCCAGCUUGAUCUCUCCCGUCAGGAAUGGGGCGGUGCGGCGCUUCGGGCAGACCAUACAGUCGUUUGCCCUUCGCAGCGACAGCAAGUCUCCUGGCUGUGCCCAGAAGUCAUGUAGCAGAUCUGCUGCUCCUACUCCUCCUAAAAGAAGGAACAGUGUACUCUGGUCUGAGAUGAUGGAUGUCAGCAUGAAAGAGUCCCUGAGCACCAAAGAAAUUAAGCGCCAGGAGGCAAUCUACGAAAUGUCCAGGGGAGAACAGGAUCUAAUCGAGGACCUGAAGCUUGCCAGAAAGGCCUACCACGAUCCCAUGCUGAAACUCUCUAUCAUGUCAGAGGAGGAACUCACCCACAUAUUCGGGGACCUGGAUUCUUACAUUCCUCUGCAUGAAGAUUUGUUGGCAAGUUUAGGAGAAGCGACGAAACCAGAUGGAACAGUGGAGCAGAUUGGGCCUAUUCUUGUGAAGUGGCUGCCCCGGCUCCACGCCUACAAAGGUUACUGCAGCAAUCAGCUGGCUGCCAAAGCCCUUCUGGAUCAGAAGAAGCAGGACAGGAGAGUGCAGGACUUCCUCCAGCGCUGCCUGGAGUCUCCCUUCAGCCGCAAGCUGGACCUCUGGAGCUUCUUGGACAUCCCUCGAAGCAGGCUGGUCAAAUACCCGCUGCUCCUGAGAGAGAUCCUGAGGCACACACCCAAGGACCAUCCUGACGUCCAGAUUCUGGAAGAAGCCAUAUCUAUAAUCCAAGGAGUCCUCUCGGACAUCAACCUGAAGAAGGGGGAGUCGGAGUGCCAGUACUACAUUGACAAGCUGGAGUACCUGGAUGAGAAGCAGAAGGACCCCCGGAUCGAAGGCAGCAAAGCUCUGCUGUGCCACGGGGAGCUGAAGAACAAAAAUGGACAUAAACUCUACGUCUUCCUCUUCCAAGACAUCCUGGUUUUGACCAGGCCAGUCACCCGCAACGAGCGACAGGCCUACCAAGUGUACAGGCAGCCAAUCCCUGUCCAGGAGCUGCUCCUGGAAGACCUGCAGGAUGGAGAUGUGAAAAUGGGAGGCUCCUUCCGAGGAGCUUUUGGCAACUCUGAUAAAGCUAAAAACAUCUUCCGAGUCCGUUUCCAAGACCCCAGCCCUGGCCAGUCCCACACGCUGCAGGCCAACGACAUCUUCCACAAGCAGCAGUGGGUGAACUGCAUCCGCACGGCCGUCGCCCCCUUCCAGCGCCCC